AUGGUGGGUUUUACUGUACCACCGGGGAUCCAUGUUGAUGCUGACUGUCGAAUGGACUCCGAAAGUGAUAGUGCACAACUGAAGCAGCAGAGAGAUAAACUGAAGCAGUAUCAGAAGAAGACCACGCUUCAGAUGGAGAAAGAGCGACAGCUGGCCAAACAGUUAUUAAAAGAUGGAAAGAAAGAGAAAGCACUCCUACUCCUCAAGAAGAAACGCUACCAGGAACAGUUAUUGGACAAAACUGAAAAUCAGAUAAGCAACCUGGAGCGAAUGGUACAAGAUAUUGAAUUUGCACAAAUAGAGAUGAAAGUCAUUGAAGGACUGAAAGUUGGCAAUGACUGCCUGAAGAAAAUGCAUGAGAUGCUGUCCGUAGAGGAGGUGGAAAAGAUCAUGGAUGAAACACAAGAUGCCAUUGAGUAUCAGAAGCAAAUUGAUGAGAUGCUGGCAGGAUCUCUGACCCAGGAGGAUGAGGAGGCUGUGCUAGCAGAGCUAGAGGCCAUCACUCAGGGAGAAGCUGACCUUGAACUUCCUGAGGUGCCUGAAGAAGAACUACCAGAGGUUCCAGAGCAAGAGCCAGUGCGGGAGAAGGUAAAAAAGAAGCCAGAGCGAGAGAUGUUGGCAGUGUAAAUACAAAUCUAUCAUACCUCCAUGUCUGCUCUUGAGCCGUUCCACUGGAGACCACAAGGGCUCAUCCCAAACAAAACUCUGGGGAGUGACUGACAGUCCUCCCCUUCGUACAUUUCGAAGACCUACAACCAUGCCAUUUUUU